GGGGCGCUCCGGCUCCGCCCGCAGGCGGAGCCAUGGCCCUGCGCGCGGCCGCCCGGCUGAGAAUGGAAAAUAGCCCACCUACUUCCACGCGAUUGUCUAAUGAUGCUACUUUGAACCAGAUCCAGGAAACUAUUUCAGACAACUGUGUGGUGAUUUUCUCUAAAACAAGGUGUUCUUAUUGCAAAAUGGCAAAGAAGCUGUUUCAGGAUAUGAAUGUAAAUUACACAGCAGUAGAACUAGACAUGCAAAGGAAUGAAAGUCAGUUCCAAGACAUUCUUCAACAAAUGACUGGUGGCAGGACAGUUCCAAGAGUGUUUGUCAAUGGGUCUUGUAUUGGCAGUGCUAAUGAUACUCAGAGGCUUCACCAGGAAGGGAAGUUACUUCCACUAGUCCAUCAAUGUCAAAUGAGAAGAACAGAAAAUUCUGAACAGCCACGUAGUCUACUUUAGCCUUGCUUUCAAAGGUGCCCUGUAUCUAGAAGAAAAACAUCUAUAAAACAUCUUUAGGCCCCUAACUAAGAAACCAUCAGAACAGCUGAGACUCAUCAUGAUUGAAAAUCAGGCCAUUGAUCUUGGAGCUUAAAGAUGGACUUAAAUUCCAGUUUUCAGGUGUCUAGACUUGAUCAUAUUGGCCAGCUGUGUACUGGAAGAAACAGGACUUUGAAAUGAAGGUUUCCUGAGUUGUGUGCCAAAGAGGAUUUACACUUUAUGGGCAUGGGUAAGUCAUCUAACUUUCUUGCUCUAGCUUCACCAAAUACCAUGGUAAAACCCCCAGUAUAUGUUAACCAGUGGUUUAUUAGUUUUUGUUUUUUUUUAAUUCCAGAAUUUUGAAGGUGUAAAAGACUAUGUAAGCAUUAAAUACUAAGUAACCUAGAAAAUGUUACAUCAGGGGUGUCAAACUCAUCAGGGCCUAGUGAUUGGAUCAGUGGCAGAGAUUGUUCAUGGGUCAGAUGGGCCAAGACAGGUACCACAUGUAGGCGAUGCUGGACUGGCCA